UCUCUUAAAAAAAAAUAAAAAAGUAAAAUGUGAACAUUAAGCAUCUUGGAAUAGAUAAAACGUGCAUCAUUUCCAAUCUUUAUGCUGACCAUACUUCCAGCUGCCUCAGAACAGUUGCACAUUCUGUUCCUGUUGCCUGGAAUACCCUCCCUUCCUUUCCACUUUGCUCUGUUAAGCCAGCCAUCCCUGAUCUCAUGCCUCCUCCAGGAUGCCUUCCCUGAUCAUCCUGCCAAGGUCAGAUCCCCUCCCCUUCAUAGCACCUAGUAUGGCUACAACAGUCUCGAGUGUAUAGAGGAUGGGCUGGGGUGAGGUCACAGGAGUGAUGCUCCCUUCUGUCUGGGGUUCAGAGGAGGCUUCUUGGAGGAGCAUCUGAACCAGACCUCUCAGGCUGGGGAUGUGGUUUGGAUAAGUUUGAGAAACACUGAAGGGAAAAGAAAGGACGCUGUAGUGAGUGAAGCCUGGCAUUUGGGAAGAUGGGUGUGUGGGUGCCCAGACUCACCAUGCAAGGCCCAGAGCCCUUUUGAGGCCCCAGGCUGGGGUCAUCCUCUCCAGUUUCAGUUUGAGAAAACAAGGCCCAGAGAGGUGAAGCGCUGUUCCGCUAUUGUCCAUGGAGCCAGGGGAGCUGUGGGCCUUCCACCGCCGACUUCUGGGCUAGCCCUGGGGAGAUGCUGGGAGGAUGCAGGGAGGUGAGGUGGGGGCUGAGGUAGGACUCAGACUGCCCAGGCCCGCCUGCACCCGGAAGGAGGAAGCUGCACAGGGUGUCUGUGGCUGGCCCCGGGAUCCCCCACUCGGGGACUUCCUCUUCCUCUCAGGGCAGGUGCAGCUGCCACAGCGAGACGGGCACCCUGACCCGGGCAUGGAGGGGGGCAAGGGGCCCAGGCUCAGAGACUUCCUGAGUGGGAGUCUGGCUACCUGGGCACUAGGACUGGCCAGGCUGGUCGGGGAGGCGGAGGAGUCGGAGGGGGAAGAAGAGGAAGAGGAGGAAGAGCCGCCCCUUUGGCUGGAGAAGAGGUUCCUGCGCCUCAGCGAUGGGGCCCUGCUCCUCCGGGUGCUGGGCAUCAUUGCCCCCAGCUCCCGAGGGGGACCUCGGAUGCUCCGAGGCCUUGACGGACCUGCUGCCUGGCGAGUGUGGAACCUGAGCCACCUGUGGAGCCGACUAAGGGACUUCUACCAGGAGGAGCUCCAGCUGCUGAUCCUGUCGCCACCCCCAGACCUCCAGACAUUGGGGUUUGACCCCCUCUCAGAAGAAGCGGUGGAGCAGCUGGAAGGCGUUCUUCGGCUACUGUUGGGAGCGUCAGUACAGUGUGAGCACCGGGAACUCUUCAUCCACCACAUCCAGGGCCUCAGUCUCGAGGUCCAGAGUGAGCUGGCCGCUGCCAUCCAGGAGGUGACCCAGCCGGGGACCGGCGUGGUGCUGGCACUGUCUGGGCCAGAGCCUGGGGAGCUGACACCUGCCGAGCUGGAGAUGCUGUCCCGGAGCCUGAUGGGGACACUGUCGAGGCUGGCGCGGGAGCGUGACCUGGGGGCCCAGGUAGGGGCAGCGGGGGCAUCGUGGACUCAGGUUGGGAAACUGGAGGACCAUCAGGGAGCCGGUUGUGCAAGGGAGAUGGAAGUUUGGGGCCCAGGCAUGGGGUUGUG